UUGUGUAUUGCCACUGACAAGAAACUAUGGGAUUAGCAAAAUAGUCCAGAGAUGCGUGUAUCUCCCUGGUCACCUCUGAACAUUCUAAAUUAACCCUUCCAGCACUGAGAUUGUGUUAUUGUUCCGUACGAGCGCUCUGUUUUUAUUAUACUGUCUUACGGAAGAAUGUUAAGUUCGAUGUCUUCGAGUAGAGCCGGAAAACGAACUUGCCACCUGAGCUAAGUCGCUAGCGCGUUAGCAGACUCGGCUCGACGACAUAAUAGGUUGCUCUGCUUUUGGGAACACGGUGUGCUCGUUGUGUCAGAGCAACCCAACGCUCAUCGCGUAUAUAAUCGGUGAUUUUCGGAUAGUAUCCGUUGACUACCGUGUCUCUCCAGACCGCCUUUGCGGUGUAAGGUUAAUCAUCUGCCCUGACCGUGGCAUGGACUGGCCCCAGCUCAGUUGCUAGCCAGCAAGCUACGAGCAACUUAGCAGGUCCCCAGCGUCUUCGCAGCGCUAGCAGAGCACUGCUCUCAUUGCGCUGGCUAAAAAUACACUUCUUGCCCUGUGCUCAGUGCCCCUCCAAAAGUGGUGGGCUAGUCCACAUUGGGCUUGUCUUCGGCUUUUCUGGUCACCUUGCUCGGAAUUUGGCACUCUACAUGGUCACUACAGUGAAUUUAAGACGACUUGAAGAGCGAGUCGGACCCCAAGGUUGUGAGCCGAGCUGGCCUGAUCUGGCGUUACAUCUCAACGCCUGGUGGACGUCAGGUCUCCAAGUGAACGCAGCGCGGCUUUGGCUGAUAGGUGGCCGAAUGUCAUUUUGUCCCAAUGGCCUUCUCCUGUCACCAGUAGUAUUAUAACAGUCCUUGGUCCAUCCCAGGUUUGCAAGACCGAAACUUGGUGAAGGUCAGAGAAAAACGCUUUGUUUCGACUGUCAACUGUCUGAGAUUGGCGAGGCAGACUUCAUUUGUCCAGAGCAGACACCAUGUCGGAGGAUAACAACGCAGACAAGUUCAUCAAGGAGACCUCCAUUCUAGAUGAGUACAACAUAAACUGGACACAGAAGUUAGGAGCUGGCAUCAGUGGACCUGUCAGAGUUUGUGUGAAGAAGUCAACUCAGGAACGCCUGGCCCUGAAGAUCCUCAUUGAUCGCCCCAAGGCCAGAAAUGAGGUGCGUCUCCAUAUGAUGUGCGCCAACCACCCAAACAUAGUGCAAAUCCUGGAGGUUUAUGCCAAUAGUGUCCAGUUCCCGCACGAGUCCAGCCCAAGAGCAAGGCUCCUGAUCGUCAUGGAGAUGAUGGAGGGUGGUGAGCUGUUCCACAGAAUCAGUCAGCACAGGCACUUUACUGAAAAGAUGGCCAGCCAGGUCACUAAACAGAUCAGUCAAGCCUUGGAACAUUGUCACUCCCUAAAUAUUGCACAUCGCGACCUGAAGCCAGAGAACCUGCUCUUCAAGGAUAACUCUCUGGAUGCACCUGUGAAGUUGUGUGACUUUGGCUUUGCCAAAAUUGAUCAAGGAGACUUGAUGACCCCUCAGUUCACUCCGUACUACGUAGCACCUCAGGUACUUGAGGCUCAAAGAAGACACCAGAAGGAAAAGUCUGGAAUUAUACCUACCUCACCCACUCCUUAUACCUAUAACAAGAGCUGUGACUUGUGGUCUCUCGGUGUGAUCAUCUACGUGAUGCUGUGUGGUUAUCCUCCGUUUUACUCCAAGCACCACAGUCGCACCAUCCCGAAGGACAUGAGGAAGAAGAUUAUGACGGGCAGCUUCGACUUCCCGGAAGAUGAGUGGAGCCAGAUCUCUGAGAUGGCCAAGGACAUUGUACGCAAGCUGCUGAAGGUGAAGCCAGAGGAGAGGCUGACUAUUGAAGGAGUCUUGGCUCACCCUUGGCUCAACUGCACCGAGGCCCUCGACAACGUGCUGCCCUCCGCCCAGAUGAUGAUGGACAAGGCGGUAGUCGCAGGUAUCCAGCAGGCCCACGCAGAGCAGCUGGCCAACAUGAGAAUUCAGGAUCUGAACGUCAGCCUGAAGCCCCUAAACUCUGUCAACAACCCAAUCCUCAGGAAGCGGAAACUACUGGGCCCCAAGCCCAGUGACGGUUUCUUCAUUCAUGACCCAGAGAACGGAGGGGAAGACUCUAACGUAGCUCUGGAAAAGUUACGAGAUGUCAUUGCACAGUGUAUACUACCACAAGCUGGAGAGAACGAGGACGAGAAGCUGAACGAGGUGAUGUACGAAGCCUGGAGGUUCAACAGAGACUGUAAACUGCUGAGAGACGGCCUGCAGGGCCUCAGCUGGGACGGACGAGCCUUCUCUGAUAAAGUUGACCGCUUGAAGUUGGCUGAAAUAGUGAAACAGGCCAUCGAAGAGAAGACGAAUCUACAAGAAUCUCAUUAGCAAAUGCUGUCUUUCUAUAUUCUUUUUAUAUUGUUUACUAUGACCCUUUUUAACCCAUAUCUGUAAAGAGGCUUUUCUAUGUAAAACGAUGCGCUACUGUUUGUUUUUUCAUGAAUUCACUUGCAAGACCUAUUGUACAGCUGUAGAUAUAUUUCAAAGAGGACUCAUUGGUACUAUAAUUUUUUUUUAAAGGACACUUGCAAAGAACAUUGAACAACAAAAAAACAACAACAAUAUUUUCAUUUUUGCAGAAAAGAGAAAAAUCUGUUAAAGAAAUUAUUUUCUGGGAGGGAAAUUUUUAUUAGCUGCUUGUCCAAGACGUCAUGCCUUUUAUCCCAGUUAUUUUAUUCUAUUUUAUUUUCUUUUAACCAUCCUAAGGAUUUUAUUUAUUUAAGCAAAGAGUUCCAUUAUUUUAUGCGUUAUCUGUAGCCUGACAGUUGGCUCUAAAGAUGAGAGAAGCUGUCUAUGAUGUGACUUUGUUCUUCCACACACGCUCUGAGUCUCAGACUGCGUUGAAGUUAUCUGAAUCUUUGUUUUUGUGUAACUUUCCCUUGACCUUUUUGGUUCAUAUAUGGCAAAGGCGGUUUGGAAAUGGAGAAAAGAACCAUGCCAAGAAGUAGACAAACGCGGCCUCGAAUUCAUUUUGUCACAGUCCCCCUUUUUGAGGGUGAUAAGAGACGACACUAAAUAGAUAGAAGCAGACUGAGUAGACAAACACUGGCUGGGGUUCUUUCUGACUCCUUUAAAUCUGUGUGUUUUGACAGAAAAUCUUGACCUAAAGUCCACUUACUGUCUCACAACCUUCUUUAGAAGAUGGAGGGGGUUUUUUUUAGAUUGUGAGACGCAGUCGAAAGCUCCAGACUUUAUUGUCAAACUGUUUCACAGGUGAGGAAGGAAAUUUUACCCUCAGCUAGAGUUCAACUCAUAUGCAUGAAGUGAUGAUACUGUUUUUCAGCUUCUUAAGUUUAUGUCUGGCAAGUAAAAUGAAUCAAAUAUUUACAAAAUAUGUCUUCAGUCUUAAAUUCAUUCUUCAGUUAAGGUUGUUGAUCUGUUCAAAUGACUCAAUCCAAGCUGCUGCGACGAUAAAGUUGUAUUUACUGGAAUUCAGACCAGGGUUAGUUAAUAUUUAAGUCCUUUUAAAGCGAGAGCUCUGCUACUGGAGCCAACGGAAACAUAUUUUGGUGCAAUGUAGUCGACGUCUUCAUGCCAGAAAAGAUCAGUAGGAAGGUUUCAGCAUCCAUAAAGACGUCUGUUAGGAUUCCAGUCUUAUAAAACACGCUGUGCUUUCUGAAUGUGCAAUAGGGCAGUAAUUCAUGCAUGUAUUUGUAGUGCAUGCAUGUACAUGGUAGUGAAAGUGUGUAUCAACCUGUCAGUAUUACUGUCUGACUUUCCCUACUACUUUUCAGUGGUCUGAAUACCAGCAAAUGCUCCUUCCCUUCGCUCAGCCUCAUCCUGUAGUUGUGAUUAAUGUCAUAUCGUUGAUAAGCCAGUGAAAUUUCCACUGCACUUAUUUGCUCUCAUGCUCGAGUCAUAUCUGAUUUUAUUUCUUCAGAGAGGGGAUUUGUGUUCAGGUGUUUGAAUGAGGCCAUGUUGAUGUAACAGACUGCUGAGAGUGCAGGUUCUCGUGUUCAGUGCCUGAUUGUGUCUUCAGUAGAGUUUUUUUUAUUGAAAAAAAAAAAAUCCUCAGAACUUUGUUCUGAAAUUCCCCUUUGACGAGGUCUCAUAUUUAUACAGAACAUAUUUUCAUGUUAAGAUUACUGCAUUUACCACAUGUUUUUGACCUUAAUCAAGAACUAUCUGAAUAAUAAGCAAACAUCGGUGCACUAUAUUGUUACUGUCCAGUAAAAAACUUGUUUCUCCAAUUUUGGUGAUUUUACAUUUUGAGAUACUGAACUGAAGGAUCGGGUGUUCCUUUGUGGCUUGAGAAAAUUCAAUUCUUCAGCAAAAUAAACCAUCUAAAAACAAAUUGGAUUAUCUCUUUGCGUCACCAUAUGGCUGAAAACAGGGCUGUUUUUCUUAGCUCAUGAAUAGUUUACACUUGGGAGACACAGAAUGGCGUGCAAGACGAUAUGUAGCUGAUCCUUUUCACAGCAUUUGUAAAUGACAUGAAGAAAAAGUGCUAGCCUUCGUAUGUCUGUAUUUCUUAAGUUUAGUUGAAAAAAAGCAUUUGAUUGAGGGCAGUCAUUGCUAACAUGAUUCUGAGAUAAUUUUGGAUGUCUGUGUCGACGAUGGUUUGUCCUGCAGUUUCCCUUUGAAGGCUUAAUGGUAACCACAGGUUGUGUUUGAAGAGGCCGGAUCAUGACGUGGCACAGUUGUACGCUCAAAUGUGCCUUGUUGAUCGGUCGGCAUCUCCAUCCUUUAUUACUCUUAUCAGUAAAAAUUAAUUACAGGAUGAAACUCACAAUCAUUGAUAAGAAGUGAUCGGUAUGUCAUUUUGGCUUUGAUUUGCUUGAUUUCGGCUUUUUCAUUCCAUUAGUCUGUGUAUUUGUAUUUGGGUUUGGGGAGAUUUUGCUGAAAUUCAUUUAGCUUCAUAUUUGAGGAACAAUCUUCCCUCCAAAAAGAAGAGAUUCAUUUAUUGGCUUGUGUCUUAAAAUAAUCCCCUAUUUCACCACUAAUCAAUAAAUAGUUCAACAUUUUGGGAAAUACACAUUUUCACUACUGAGAGUUUGCAAGAAAUGAGAAGCUCAAUACCGCUCGUGAUUCCACAGCCAGAUAGCAUAGCUUAGCAUAAAGACUGGAAACCCGCUUCUACCUCCGAGCAGGUUAUUCAUCUUUUUCCUCAUCCUCUUCAGUUCUUUCAAGUGCUCUGGGCUGUGAUUGCUCCCUCUAUUGUGCUUGUUUGACAUCAUCUUUUUGGAGUUAAACCCCUAAUUUCGAGACAAGCCAAUGGAGCCCUUGUGCAUCCCUCAGUACCUCUGCGUGAAGAGUUUGAACCCCUUGUGAUGCCUUCCUAUUCCUCCAGACUUCAUCCGUUAUAGAUGGCAUCUUGAAUUUUGCUGCUUUCACAAUUCUAACUUCCUGGAUUCUCUGUUGGUUUCCUGGUAACAGUCCCAGCUAUAAAAAAAAAAAAAAAAUAGUCCGGAUACCAGCAUGUGAUGCUUCUUAUA